CUUUUCGGUUACUCGAUUCGAUACCCGAAGGCGGUGCGUCUGCGUCAUCUGGCUGGUUUGUACUUAACACAGUCUCAACCCGAAAAGGCAGUAGCAUCAACCCGCAGCGGCUGCAUUACUUUCCUCACGCCACGUGGCGCGUCGGAGAGCGAACGAGUAGAAAGCAUUUCAACGCGAAAGUUGUUGAGUGUGAUCACAGCGCAGGAGACUAGCCGCCACGAGGAUACCAGCGCUAAGGUAACGAGAGAAUUCCGCGCGCGCAUCCUAUAGGGAAGAGCUCAGUUCGGAACAGGUUCGUCGGCAUGACGUUACGCUUCAAAGUGCUGGCGCUGCUGUUCGCGAUCGUGCUGCUGGGACGGGCCGUGUCGGCGCAGUGGCUCGGAGACGAUGACGAUGAUGCCGAAAUAUCAGAUUACCUCAGCGACCUGUACGAAUCGGACAACGACGCCUUGCAGAGUCUAGUGAAGAGGACGUCAAGACGGAUGUGCCUCGGCCACGGGCGGCGCUGCAGCCUGAGACGCAACGACUGCUGUUCAAGAUACAUCUGCAAAUGUAAUCUGUGGGGACAGAACUGCAAAUGCGAACCCAGAGGGUUUUCCUUCAUCGGCUAGACCAGUAGAUAACCAGACACCAGCCGUCGGGGCUGUGCUGUCUUCUGAUAGACGCCGCCGGCAGCAACUCCUCUGAGCAUCCUGAAUCAGUCACUCUCUGUGGAACCGGAUUACGCUUGUGAUCUGUUCCCCACCGUACUACGCAAGCGGUGACGCUUGAGUUGUGAAAGGAGUUGAAUAUCGGUCUGGCUAUUUCACUAGCCAGACGACGAAGGGAAACCACGCUGCGUGCGCCUCACACAGAGAUAUCGACGGAUUUGACUCACAGGCUCCCUCUCGCGGUCGUGCAAUGCGUUCUACGUGAUCGGUUCGCCUUAUCGGUUAUAUGCCUCUACAGUCAUUCUCGCCCCCCUACCCCACACUUUCUCGUCAAUUUCUCGCGCAUGUACGAAUACGACACAUGGUCGUCUAAUGUUUAUCGAGAGGGUACAGACGCAAACACAUAAAAACUCCACCCAAGUACUACCUAUUUGUUCUUUUAGCUUGAGAGGCGAAGGGCGAACCGCGUGUAGCGUAGUGUAGAAAGUGCGCGCGCGCAUGCACGUGAGAGGGACUGCCAUUCUUAUUUCUAUCUGAGGCACACGAUGCAAUUUCAUUUACCGGUGCGUAAGAAAAUGUGGCGCCGGAGCGCGCAUGCGCACCGCGCGCGACGUUCCUCUGAUGACGUCGGCAUCAAUUCGCGACGAUGCCGACAUCCGGUUUCCGGUUUUAUUUAAGGCAGCUCGUAUCUUUAAAAAACAACCCCCUUGUGAUCGCUCUGGCCUGUGCGAUGUCUCCCCAUCGGAUAUCAUAUUCCGUGUUUUCUUCCUCCUGUCCGGAUUCCUUCGUUCGGUAAUGAUCUAGCUGAUUUCUAUCGCCGCGUGUCGGCUAUCCAUCGCUCGACCAUCUCUAUCAACAUAAUUACACAUCAGAAUCAUAAGCAAGUGCGGUUCAUCUAAUCACUACGCCUACGCCCCACCCCUCUCUCUCUCUCUCUCUCUCUCGUUCCUUCCUCUUUCCCCAUCUCUCUCUCGCGCUCUCUCUAU